CUUCUGAAAAACAAGCGUUUUUGAAUUCCUACCACGUUGCAGUAAAUCAGCAUUUUGUUUUGUAAGUCAUUAGUAUUUUAUUUCUAGGUCACACCGUCGCAAGUUCAGCCAUUACGUGUUGAAGAGAAUCAACGUGCAAAUAGUCCUCAAAGCAGGUGUGCUGUAAAUGUUACACCUUCAAGAAUCCCGCCAUUGCUUGCCCAGGCAAAUCAACGUCCAAAGAGUCCCCAAAGCAGCUGCUCAGGAAAAGUUGGGAAUUUGACUGGCAUGCAAUUCACGGCUCCUGGAACUUGUACAACACCUGCAAAAAUGCACACUUUUUUUUUUGAGGCGAAAGGAACUGGAAAUUUCCCUCAAAAAUAUGCACCAAAGCCUGAAGUCUAUAGAAGAUCAAUUGCGUGGACUUAUUACCUACCAAAUGGAAUGAAACCAAAGCGACUGGCAUGGGGACAGCAGAACCUGGAAAAAAUCUGGUGGAAUACUGUUUUUUCUGAUGUUGCAUUGUUUGGUUUGGAAGGAAACCGCAUUAAGUAUUAUGAAACGUCUGACCUCUCUAAGAUAGGGAGUGAAUUGUUAUGGGUUUUUCGGACAUUUGAUGGUCCAAAUAUAAUGGUUCCUUUAGGUUUCUCUCUUCAUGACUCUAAUUUUGCAAAGAUGUUGAGAAAUCAAGUUAUUAGAAGCAUGAAGGAUCAUUACAGAACUGGUGAUGUUACUCUUCAAUUCCUAGAUUCAUUGAAAAGUCAAUUUGAUUCAAAAAUUGUGAGAGAUGAGCUUGCGAUAAAUUCCAUUGCCGUUUCUGAAUGGCCUACUUCUGCCAAAGACCUGUCUCCUAUAUAUCAUGCUUGUAAGCUCAUUGGUGAAAAAGUAAAAAACAUUCCAUGUUCCUCUAAACAAGAAAUGAUUUCUAUUUUAUUGGGCAUGUGGGAAAAGGAUUCAGAUGUGCAGAUGAUGUGUUCUAAAAUAAUAGAAUUUUUGCCACAAAUAAUUAAAUCUGUAGUUGAACGAAACGGUAAUUCUCCAAGGACUAAUGUAAGAUAUGUUAUCACAAAAUAGAAACUCCCUAUGUGAUUCAUGAAGUAUCUUGUGUAAAAGAGUUAAUUUUAAGGUAAUUUUUAUGAGGUUUGGUGAAAAACAUUUUUAUACGUAUUUUUCCUUAAGAACUCUGGAAUCAACGUCACUUUAUAUUCAGUGUGAUACAACAUUCAACCUUACUGAUGAAAAUAAUUACUUUUGCUUUGUAAUAUGCCCAAGAUUCAGUAAUUAUGUUUGCAAACAAACAUUGCUUAUGAAUGAAUUUUUCAUCUUACAUUUCCUUCUGCAACAAGAAACAAGCUCCUUUACUAAAACUAUGUGGGUCAGGUGAACUGAAAAUCACAUUUGAGUUCAAAACCUACUUGCUAAUAUUAACGUGAGCUUCUCUUUCACUGAUGUAUUUGUAUACAACUUCAGAUAGAAAGUGAGUUAUAAGCCAGAAUCACACAUUCCACGACAAACUGCUACAACCAUAGGUAUUACACUAUAACAAAGUUUAUUGAAUUAUGCUAACUGUAACUGUCAAAAUUUAAUACUAUUUACAGAAACCCAGUUGCCAAAAUGUUUCCUAGGAGUACCUGAUUCCAAAUUCUUCUUAUAUAUUUGUUUUGAUUUCUAGUCAUUGUAAUUGCAAAUGAUGUUAUUUUUGUCUGUGAUGUUUUUACUUUCCUGUAGAACGAGAAACAAUUUUUGAAAAAGUCUAUUCUAUGAACCUUCUAAGUCUGAUCUUCAUUUGAGUAUAAAUAUUUUAUAUAUUUAAUUACAAUUAUUUUGCAGAUUUUUUUCCAUUCUUGACAGAAGACAAAUAUUUAAUGGAAAUCAUGUGCAAUAAUCCCUGUGACUUGAAUGGUUUUAUUUCAUUUUGUAAUAAUGUCAUAUGUAUGUAAUAUUUUGUGAAGGACAAAAUAUAGAUUGAAUACUUUGAUUUUCCAAUAGAAGUUCAAUAUGUAGGUGUUAUGAGAUUCCCUUUUUUUGUUUUUUCUUUACAUUUAUUUAUAAAUGUAAGAAUAUCCAUUGCGAUAAACAAAUUAAUAGAAAAGACAACUUGCAUCAGAGGUAUGUAAGUAUAUAAAAAGAUAAAUAAAUCAUAAAAUUUGGA